AUGCCGCCAAAAGGUCUUGCUAAGCCUCGCUCGUGGGGAAAUCGCUUCGACCCCCUCAACCAGCCGCGCACUCCCUCGCCCGCUCGUCAGCCAGCCAGCCCUCUGCGUAUUCCCGCUACUGGCUUUUCGGCUUCAAAACUAUCGCCUCUUCAGGCGACCUUUACGCCUCUCAACAGCUCUAGGCGCAGGGACGAGAGGACGCCCCAUGACGCCAGUGUUUUCGUCGGAAGCCUCCCGUCCAUCUAUGACCCACCGGAAUUAACCCGUCUCCUCACCGAGCAUCUGUCUGGUUACCCUGACGCUCUCUCCGUCAAAGUCAUUCGCGACGCCCGCGGUGGCAAUGGUGCUGCUGCUACUCGCCUCAUCGACGCUCUUCGCUCCGAAGACCCACCACGCGCGUUUCUCGGCCGUCAUCUGCGCUACGAACCUGCUCGGGCACUGCGCUCCCUCUUAAUCUCUUACCGAAAACCCGUGCAGGCCCCGAUACGUCUCGAUGGCACUCCGGGCUCUAUUCAGACUGCCCACAGCCAACCUGUUGAACUUGACUUGGCCUUUGCCAUGAGACUCUGGCGGCCUUCGGGCUCGAAGUAUGUCUCUGUGUUGUACAACACAGAGGCUUGCGAUCUCCCAGCAGCAGCAGGUGAUGCUCUGAUCAACAAAGACGAGACAGAACUCUGCGAUGCCUUCGACGGCGAAGGGAUUUUUUUGUCUCCUGUGGCAUACGAUGCUGAGACCAUCCAUAGGCUUGGUGCUGCCUUUGGACCACUCGAACAUUUUGGACCCUAUCGUCAUGAGUUCUCCGCUCUUCACGUUCCGGCGGGACACGGAUCCUUUCCUUCACCUCACGACUCGCCUAGGUUGCCGCCUAUGGAUCCUGGGUGUUGGGAGGUCAAAUGGCAACACCGGGACGACUGCGUCCGGGCUCUCAUGACUCUUCGCACCGUGCCUCAUCUCACAGUGACAUGGGCCCAUAACCCUCAAGGCGGCCCCUCGCCGGCAGUCGCCCCUAAUUCAGCAAGGCGUCAAUUCCCCAAUCCUCGGACUCCAUACUCGCCUGCAUACCGAGGUGGUGCUCACCUUCCAAGCCACCUUCGGACUCCCACUUUCUCUGUCCUCUCUGACUCGGGCACAGGGGCAGGGACUAUGGGUUCCCCAGUAUCGUCGCGCCUCAGUCCAGAAGGCGGCGUCGACGCCUUUCAAAACACUCCUGCCCUUCUGUCUUCGCCCCCCAGCGCGGACGGCUGGGUAAACAUGCCUCCUACCGUCGAGAACUCUCCUGUGGCUUCUCACUCGACGGCGACUCGGUCUAUGCUCCUCCCGCCUCACGCGCUGAAGCUUUCCGAACGGGGCGGACGGUCGAAUACUCUCCCGAUUCGUACGUCCAUGGUGUAUGAAGCUCCUAGACCGCCAGCAGGUGAUAAUGUCCCGGAAGCGAAGAUCAUCACACACUCUUCCGUUCCUAUAGGCCAAACAUCUUCUAUAUUCGUGCCUCCUUCGUCUUCCCCAGACCAUGACCGAUCAGGCCGCGGCAUCGACGCCAGCAGCACCAUCUCCCAACUCACAUCGAGCGACAGCUCGGAGGUACCAGAGAUACCUGUCAUGGACAUGAAGUCAGCCGCGAAAAGGUCAUCCACACCGGAGUUUGUAUUUCCUCGCAUCUCAUGUGGUGCCAAUGCCGAACAGGAGAAGUACGUCGACGUGUUCGGGACUGUCACGGAAUAUCCUGACGAAGAACGUGAGGGCGAGGUGUACGACAAUUUCGGGAGAGAGCUCGAUCUUUCGACUAUCUUUGUUGGUGGGUUGGAGAUGAUGGGACCUCAGGCGUGGGAUGAGCCGAAGGUUAGGAGGUUGUUCGAGCGGUAUGGGAAGAUUGAGGAUAUCAAGUAUUCUCGUCCGCUCAACAAGAAAUCGGCCUUUGCGUUUGUGAGGUUCGAAGACCCGGCUGCGGCAGCUCAAGCUGUCUCUGAGCAGCAUAAUCGUGUCCACGAAGGUCGCCAGAUACGCGUGCAAAUUCGAACGCGCAACUCUCACCAUCGCGAUGCCUAUAGGUAUGGAGGCCGGGGCCGAGGAAGGGGACGCUACCAAAGCAACAGAUACGUCGAUAAUCCUGUUGAGGACGGCGUUCGCUCGUUCGCCGGUAACGGGCGCCACGAGUCUCGUUCGUCACUUUCCACUAUGGACAGCCACCUUCCUAGCAGCGAGAGCUCUUUCGGCCUCCAGCGGUCGAACAUGCCCUUCAUCGACACCACCAUGCGGUCGAAGGCUCAUCGUCAUCCGUCCAACCAAUCUUCCCCAAAUUCGUCGAGCGCGAGUCAGGGUAUGGUACCUCCCGGACAAGGCGUCGAUGCGGCUCAGCUUGCAGGCAUGUAUCCUGCGUCGAUGAUGCCCCCGCCUGGUUCGGUCAUUCCGUACCCUGGGAUGCCAGGUGUCGGGUUCUACCCUCAUCAGCCUUGGUACCCGCCCCCGUUUCAUCCAUACGCUGGCGGUUAUAUGGCGGGGUAUCCUCCUCCUGGGUAUAUUAUGCCCGCCGCGGGCGCACGCAACGUACCUGGUCAGUCGAGCCACGGCGAUGCGAGAGAUCAGACUAUGGGCAAUGUACCAUUCCAAGCCCCAGGUCCUUACGGAAUUUACGGUCAACCUAUGCCCGGCCCUCACGCUCAGCAGCCCCCCAAACCCCAAACGAGCCCAGGAAAAGAGGACGCCAACCAGCUUCAACACCACCACCAACCUCCCUUAAUCCCAACAGGCUUCAUCCAGGGCGAACACGGACUCGUACCCCUCUAUGCCUCCGAGGCACUCGACGAAUACAUGACCAGCGGCGGCGGUCCCCAUCCCUUCACUCAAUCUCAGAAUCGACCGUUGGCAUUAGACGUACAGCGUAGCGCGUCGACUCCCGUCGGCCAUGGGACCGCUACCGCCGCUUGGCCACAUUACGCGGCGUAUCCUGCGUACCCGCCCCUUCCUUCGCCUGGUGGAUCGACGGGAGUAGGGGCCGGAGUUGGAGUUGGAGUUGGAGUUGGAGGUGCGGUUCCGAUGUUGAGGGGACAGUCGCAGCCGUUGCCGGGACAGGUGCAGGUUCCGCAUCCUCCGACUCAUCCGGCACAUGGUGCGCAAGGGGGGUGGUACGCUCAUCCGCCGCCGCCGCCGAUGAAUAUGAAUUAUCCGGUUCCGAUGCCUUAUUAUCCGCACCAUCAACCUCCUCCGAUUAUGCACGCUCCUGCACCUCCAUCGAAUGCCCCUUCAACGUCUAACGCCGCGAACGCGCCCGUGCCCGUGUCGUCCGGGGCUUUCGUCGGAGGUGGGAACGGAGGUGGAAAUGGGAAUGGGAAUACUCGUGCGCCUGAAACAAGCGGGAACGAGACGCCGCAGAGACGGUAUGCCCAGGCUCAAGCUAGAGGGGAUCAGCAUAAUAACUCGAACGCCGGUUCGUACGUUGGUCAAAGCCAAGGUCAAGGGCACGGUCAAGGGCACGGUCAAGGUCAGGGUCAGAAUUCAGGCCAAGGUCAGGGUCAAGGUCAAGGUGCUCAACAACCGCACUACGUCCUGCAUAAUUACACGAAUCUGGACCUUCAGUAUUCGCGCGGGCGGAACGGCUCGGCGGGGACGGUCAAGCAGCAGCAUGGACACCAAGCUCCUCCGUUUGAGAAUCGGACUCAGGCUCCUCCGUUUGAGAACCGGACUUCGGGGGCUUCUGCGGCGGGGUCGGCGAGCGGAGAUGGGGGUACUAAUAGUGAUGGAAGAGGGAGUAGGACGGGGAAGGGGAGUACGGGGACUGGAAGGUCGACGCCUUCGACUUCGACGACGGGACAUGGACAGGGUGAGUAUGGUGGUGGGGGGAGGGGGAGAGGUGGGGGGCAGUAG